AUGGUCUGUGUAGAAUUUGGAGUUUGCAAAUUGUCGUCACGACAUAUAAGUAAACACAGAGAUGUCUCUCGCGGUCGUUCAGUUGAGCGUCAUCGAGAUUAUGAAGCACGAAGUAGAGACAAAACCUCCGAAAAAAGAUCAAGAUCACCUCACAGGAAACGGAAGUCCUCCAGCAAAGACAGACAUAAGUCACCACAUAAAAAACACAAGUCUUCUAAUAGUGAAGGAAAGAAGAAGAAAAGUAAAAAGAAGAAGAAAAAAUCACGUAGUUCAUCUAGCAGCAGCAGCAGCAGUAGUGACAGUGAUGAAGAAGAAUUAAAACUGUUACAAAGACUUGAAGCAGAGAGAUUGAGGCUUAAAGAAGAAAAAAGGAAACAAAAAGAAAUGAUUAAAGCAAAUGAAACACCCGAGGAGAAGAGAGCUCGACGCCUAAAAGAAAAGCAGGAAAAGGAAAGGAAGAGACGUGAACGCAUGGGGUGGGACAAUGAGUACCAGUGUUACACUGAUCAAGACAACCCCUUCGGAGACUCAGCUCUUACUGACACAUUUGUAUGGACUAAGAAACUGGCUAAGGAAGGCGUUAAGAAUGUCUCCCACAACGAACUGGAGGCAUUGAACAGACAGAAACAAUUGGAAAAUAAAAUUGAAUUGGAGAAGGUGAAGCAGCGUCGUCUAGAGCGCGAGGCUGAGCGUGCGGCCCGCGAGGCCGAGGCGGCGGCGGCGGCCCGGGCCCGCGAGGCCGCGCAGUUCAGCAGCUGGGCCCGACAUGAGGACGAGUUCCAUCUGCAGCAGGCCCGCCUGCGGUCACAGAUACGGAUAAGAGACGGAAGAGCUAAGCCGAUCGACCUCCUCGCGUGGUACGUGAGCUCGGAGCAGUGUGUGGAUGCUCUGGAGAUGCAUGAACCGUACACGUACCUGAACGGUUUGCACGCACAAGACCUGGAAGACUUACUUGAAGAUAUCAAGGUGUACAAGGAGUUAGAGCAGGACGUCAACCAGUCAUACUGGGAGGAUGUCCAGACCAUAGUUUCGUCGGAGUUAGUGAAGCUUCGUCGUUUGGCGCCCGGGCGGGACGGAGUGCACGCCGCUGUGGCUGAGGACGUGGCUGGUGUGUUCCGUGGGAAGAGCACGGCUGCCUUACUGCAGCUACAGGCGGCCAUCGAGCAUAAGAUGGCUGCCAGGACCGCCGGCCUUGACGUACACUAUUGGGAGAGUCUGCUCAGCCAGCUGAAAGCUCACAUGGCACGAGCUCGUCUCCGUGACCGGCAUCAGAACAACCUCCGCCGCAAGCUGCAGCUGCUGAAGAGGGAACAGGGAGUGGCCGCGGACGAACACGCGGAACACGACGACACACACACACAGGGAGACGGCGCCGGUCCAGAGCAGAAGUCCCCUCGGCCGGAGAGCGAGGCGGAGGAGGCGGAGGUGGAGGGUGAGUCUUGGUGCGGCAGUUACUCCCCGAAGUACCUGGCGCCCUCCUCGCUGGAGCCUGCCACGAUACUGCUGGAGCCCGAGGAGGACCGGCAGAGGCUCGCCUUCCUGCGGGCCCGACUACACGCGGCCGCCGCUGCCGACCAACACAAGGCCACGCUCGCUAAGGUCCCGGAGGCAGGCGAGUCAGCGGGCACCAGUACGGGCGCGCUGGAGGCGGCCGCGAGGCGCUCCAUGGAGGGGGGCGAGCCGGGCGCCGCUCAGUUCAGUGUGGAGCACGCGCUGCCCGACCAACCGUGCCUGUGGGCUGACAAGUACAGACCCAGGAAACCAAGAUACUUCAACAGAGUCCACACCGGCUUCGAGUGGAACAAAUACAACCAGACUCACUACGACAUGGACAACCCGCCGCCGAAGAUCGUUCAAGGAUACAAGUUCAACAUCUUCUACCCGGACCUCAUCGACAAGAGUGCCACCCCUGAGUUUUCACUUAAACCGUGUUCUGACAACCCUGAGUUUGCUGUUCUUCGUUUCCACGCGGGCCCUCCCUAUGAGGACAUCGCCUUCAAGAUAGUGAACCGCGAGUGGGAGUACUCCUACAAGAGAGGCUUCCGAUGUCACUUCCACAACAACAUCUUCCAAUUAUGGUUCCACUUCAAGAGAUACAGAUACAGGCGUUGA